UGUCAGGAUAUAUAUUUUUACCUUUUUAUAAAAAUAACUUUUUUUAAUCACAUUUGCUCCAAUUCUACCCACUGCUGCUUUAAUUAUGAAAUGAAAAACAGCAACUUUUGUUAAACAUGACAGGCCAAAUAUAUGUCCCACUUGAGGAUCUAAAACACACCAUAAUUAUACACAAAAAAAAUCAUUAUGUGUCUGACUAACGUGAAUUCUUGGCAAGUUGUAGAAAGAAGAAACUGAAAGCAGCUGUGAAUGAAGCACAAGGUGGACACCAACAUGCAAAAGCCAAUGCUGGAGCAACACCACCCUCUAUGGACCAGUACUGGUAUUACACUCAGUUAUUUAUUGAGUAAAUUCAUGAAGUGCACUACUAAACGCAAAUAUAGAAGAAGCACGAUUUUUUUAUAUAUUACACAAGAUACACUUUUAAAGACUAUUUUUUUGACUUUUCAGUUACUGUGUGCUCUUCAUUGUGAGGCAUUGAAGGUCAAAUCAGCUGACUUUUAGCAGAGGUCAGUGGGAGUGACUAUGUAAAUCACUGGAGCAUCACUCAUCUGAUUGGGCGCCUUUGUUCUUUCAAAUCGAGUUGUCCCCUCUCCUUUAUUGGGCCCCUGGGGGAGAAGACAUCUUUUACAGUAAUGCUGCUCUCCUGCAUGGACCUCCAAACUGCUGCAGGGAUAAUGGAGUAAUGAUAAUAUCAGGGAAGAUGGCCUGUCAGAGACAUGAUAGAACAAACAGACUGAGGGAAGAGCUGAGCUGCAUGCUGGUUGGUGAUGGAGCUGUGGGGAAGACCAGCAUGAUCAUCAGCUACAUCUUCAAUGGAUACAACAGCGAGUACAGACAAACAGCUUUUGAUGUUUUCACUGGUUUGGUUCAUGUGAAUGGCUUUCCAACUCGUAUCAAACUGAUAGACACUGCUGGGCAGGAGGAGUUUGGCCAUCUUCGCUCUCUGUGCUAUGCCCAUGUGGACGUCUUCAUCCUCUGCUUCAGCCUGGCCAACCCCGUCUCCUUUGAGAACAUCACCUCUAAAUGGAUCCCACAGAUCCGAGCCGGCAACCCGUCCUCUCCCAUCCUCCUGGUUGGAACUCAGUCAGACCUUUGCCACAACGUGGAUGUGCUGAUUCAUCUGGACCAGCGAGGCACCAAACCAGUGCACUUCAGCCGGGCCAGGAGGCUGGCACGCAGGAUCAGAGCUCACGGCUAUGUGGAGUGUUCAGCUCUGACACAACACAACCUCAAAGAUGUGUUUGACUGUGCUAUAUUUGCUGCCAUCCAGCACAAGCACACCGGCAAAACAUAUAAAAAGCUCAGCCUGCUCAGACGUUUAAAGACAUUUUGUGAUUGUGGAUGGAGGAAAAUCUUCAGAUUCAUUUGAAGGGGAAUCAAAGAGAGUACUCUGCUUACUCUGGACACGAUCUGUUUGGUUAUUUCUUAAGACAAAUCAUGCAUUUUUAUCAAAAUAUUUCUCUACAGAAUGUGAAUUGUGCACUAAAACAACAUUGACAUGAAUUGAAAUGUGGCAAUCUUUAUCCAUAAUUCAUUGCAUUAAGAAGGCUAUGUAUUCUGCUCUUUUUUAAUCUUCCCUUUUCUUUGUUUUGUGUUGUAUUUGUUGUUCAUAUUUCUGUGUGUAUGUGUGUUAAA